GACCGAGGCGCAUGUAAAUGCCCAGCUCCUUCAAGCCACCUCACACACCCCUACACACUCCCACGGGCCAAACACACACACACGCGCGCGCGCGCGCGCACACACGAGCUCUGAACAACACCUGCAAGGCGCAGUUUGGAGAGAAGCGCAACACGCGCAACACGGACACUUGGUACUAUCCUCCAGUGGUCAGCAACUUGGUUGCAGUGCGAUCUGCUCGAUAAAGCUGAGUUUUGUGUUAAGCAGUGCAUGUGGGAGCUGCUGCACCAGACUUCUCUGGGAUUCCACUUGGCUUCACAGCAUGGAGAAGUAUGAGAAGAUUGCAAAGAUCGGAGAAGGCUCGUACGGAGUCGUGUUCAAGUGUAGAAAUAAAGACACGGGACAAAUCGUCGCCAUUAAAAAGUUUGUGGAGUCAGAGGAUGACCCGGUGAUUAAAAGAAUUGCUCUCAGGGAGAUCCGGAUGCUCAAGCAACUGAAGCACUGUAACCUGGUCAACCUGAUUGAGGUCUUCAGGAGGAAGAGAAAACUGCAUCUAGUCUUUGAGUACUGUGAUCAUACGGUGCUCAAUGAGCUGGACAGAUAUCCCCGAGGAGUUCCAGAGCCUCUGGUUAAAAGCAUCACCUGGCAAACGCUACAAGCUGUUAACUUCUGCCACAAACAAAAUUGUAUCCACAGAGAUGUGAAGCCAGAGAAUAUACUCAUCACCAAACACCAGGUCAUAAAGCUCUGUGACUUUGGAUUUGCAAGGAUCCUCACGGGGCCGUGUGAUUAUUACACUGAUUACGUGGCCACUCGGUGGUAUCGAGCUCCGGAGCUGCUGGUAGGAGACACUCAGUACGGUCCUCCGGUGGAUGUGUGGGCUGUGGGCUGUGUGUUUGCUGAGCUGCUCUCUGGCGCUCCUCUGUGGCCGGGUAAAUCUGACGUAGAUCAGCUUUAUCUCAUCAGGAAAACAUUAGGUGAUUUGAUCCCCAGACACCAGCAGGUGUUCAGCAGUAACCAGUUCUUCAGCGGCGUGUGUGUUCCUGAACCACAAGAAAUGGAACCUCUGGAGCAAAAGUAUCCUAACGUCUCUUUCCAGGCAUUAAGUCUAAUGAAGGGUUGUCUGCGUAUGGAUCCUGCGGAGAGGUUAACCUGUGAGCAGCUGCUGGAGCAUCCAUACUUUGACAGUCAGCGUGAGGAGACAGAAAGUGUGACGCGAGAACAUGACAGAGCGAAAAGACGAGCACGUCAACCUCGUAAACACCUGCCCCCUGGGUAUCUACCCCAGCUGACCGGCAGCAGUAUCUUCCCAGCGGUGGACAACAGGAAGUACUACAACAACAACAUGCGUAAAUUCAACUACCAUUUCCCCAACAUCUAGUUCUUCGUGCUUCUGGAACACACUUUAUACACCCUCAGUCUGCCCCAAGACACAUAUUUUUUUCUAUUUUGGUUUCACAUGCACUCACCUAUCUUGCGUCUUGCUCAGGAACAGAAGCCACUGAGACGGCGUUCUGGGUGCUCCUGUCACAGUGUGUCCUCAUUUAUCUGUAGAGAGAGAACAAAUCUCCUCCAGCUCAUGACAGUCAGCUCACUGCUGGAUCUUUUCUGUAUACGACUCAUCAGACCGCUUCUGUACUCUGUGUGAUUGACAAAGAGCCCUGCUCUGCAUGUAGACACACUGAUGUGUGUGACACUGCCUUUCUGAUUGCCAAAGUGCUGCGUGACGUGACACAGAGAGAACAGACUGACUGUCUCCUAUACACAGUAACGCUAAAGAUGACCUUUGUUUAGAGAGAGGAUAAGUGAGCUGUAGUCAAUUAGCAAAAAACCCAAGUGCAGAAAUCAAACAAAUCCUCUAUUAUUGGGGGGGGUUUUUUGGUAUUCUGUCUCUCUGUAUUGUUCAUCUCAGACCAUCUAACUUCCUGUGACAGACAGAGGAAUAAAUAAAAACGUUCCGUCUACUAAUAUUAUUAUUUCUAGGUCUAUGUCCUAAGUGUUGAUUUUGAAGUGAACUACAUUUAUGAAUCACAUGAUUUUAAAGAAAAGAAAGUGUAACUUGUGUUUUUGAAGGCUUUUAUUAAACAUUUAACAACAUUAUUGUUGCCUUGACAAGUGGUGCUAAUGAUCUUCCGGCCAUUGACUUGCACCCAAUGCCAAACUGCUAAAGACACAAGCCCACUCCCCAGCCCUCAGACUCACCUUCCUCACUUCAACACACCCUGUAAAUAUCUCAAGAUAUUUAACUCUGCUGGUUUUCCAAUAAGACAGACUCAACAGGGGAGUAAAUAUGGGAAGAAGAAAUUCUUGCUCUUUUUGUAUGUGAUUUAAUAAAGAGCUUUCAGCAAUGAA